UCUGAGGGAGAGGAAGGUGAAGGUUCUGGACUGCUGGAUGGAGAACAGAUGCAGGUCAGGCUGGAGAGGGUCUGGAACGCCCUGCUUCUGCCAGAAGGACAGCGACUAGACAUGGCCAUCAAAUACAGCUCUCAUGAGUACAGGGACCAUCUUCAGGAGGCAAUUGCUGCAUGGAAGCAGGCUGCUCGGUUGAUCCAGAAAAGAGAGCUCUUGCUCUCCAAGUUGGAGGACUUUGAGAGGGAGGCAUCUGACCCCAACAGAUUUUUCCAGCGAGGUACAUCAGAGGCACAGAAUAAUGAAUUCUGA